GCGAUGGGCGGCCGCUCGGCGCGGCGGGACCCGGCCCGGCCCGGCCCGCAGGAGCGCGGCGGCGCAGAGGGAGGCGUCCCGCCGCCCGCAGCCCGGCCCCAGCGCCCGCGGCCGGCGGAGGCGGAGAGAGGCGGAGGGAGGCGGCGGGUCCCGCGGCCCGCCCGGCGCGGCGUGCGCGGGCCCUGCGCGGAGCGGCAGCCAGCGGCCCCCCAGCCCCGCCGCCGCGCCCGGCUGCGCCUGCCCUGCGCCGCCCCGGCGCCCGGAGCUCGCCUGCGAGGGAGUCCCGACGCCCAGCAGCAGUUCCAAGACCCAGAGAAAUUGCUGUCAGGAUGCCGGAGCCAGCGAAGUCCACCUCUGCCCCCAAAAAGGGCUCCAAGAAAGCUGUGACAAAGACCCAGAAGAAGGGUGAUAAGAAGCGACACAAGAGCAGGAAAGAAAGCUACUCCAUCUAUGUCUACAAGGUGCUAAAGCAGGUCCACCCCGACACCGGCAUCUCCUCCAAGGCCAUGGGCAUCAUGAACUCCUUUGUCAAUGACAUCUUUGAGCGCAUCGCUGGAGAAGCCUCCCGCCUGGCCCAUUACAACAAGCGAUCCACCAUCACCUCCCGGGAGAUUCAGACAGCCGUGCGCCUGCUGCUCCCAGGAGAGCUGGCCAAGCACGCUGUCUCGGAGGGCACCAAGGCUGUCACCAAGUACACAAGCUCCAAGUAGCCAGACGCCACCUCUCCAACGGGACCAUCAAGCACCGGACCCUCCACACAAGCACAGGUAGGCAGCCACAGUCCGGGUAAAUGUCACAGCUAUUAUCCACAGCAAUUUACAGCCUUGGCACGGGCACGAGAAGCUGUCCGGUGGAAGAGGGGACGGUGAUCUGGAUGUUGGCUGAUUUUCACAGUCUGUUUGGGACGUGCAAUGGGUUCUGUGGGGCUGGUGGAGGAAGCCUCUGCUUUCACAUCUCAUCCAAAGGACUGACCGACUGCAGUGUAUCCAAACUCUCCUCUGUGCUUGGCAAACAUGCAUGUUUGGCACUGGCAGGGGAGUCUGGCAGCGGCAACACAGAGACGCCGUCUCUGAAGUCUUCCUGUUUGGCUGCUUUCUCACAGUCAUCCAAGACGGGCACCAAAGAGUCAGCGCUGGUAUCCCCUCCCUGGUAGCCCGGAUCCGUCCUGGUGUACAGCAGCGCAGUCCACCCCGUGUCAGCAGAAGUGGCAUUGACAACUACCAAGCACGGGCUGUAGAAUAAAGUCCAUAUUGAUUCAA